AGAGUAAAGGUCGCUUGACCAAGCGUUGACAAGAGUCAUGUGACUGAAUGCGCUGCUGUGAUUGGCGGCCGGGGUCGUCAUCUUGAAGAGGGGCAAUAGCAAACCUUUCAGUGUUGUGACGAAGGUUGAACAAUGCUGUUAAAUAAGCUCCUUCGGGCCGGGACGCGCUGCGGUGUCCGGCUACAGAGCUCCGGUGCCGCGGCAGCCAGUGUGAAAACCUCCGGCGACCACACGGCGGCCAACGGCUUCUCGUUUGAGCUGACCGAUCAACAGCGAGAGUUCCAGCAGCUGGCGCGCAAGUUUGCAUGCGAGGAAAUCGUCCCCAAGGCUGCAGAUUAUGACAAAAGUGGAGAGUAUCCAAUGGCCAUCAUCAAGAAGGCAUGGGCCCUAGGACUGAUGAAUAGCCACAUUGCAGAGGACUACGGCGGCAUGGGCUUGUCUAUAUUUGACAGCUGCCUCAUCACCGAGGAGCUGGCCUUUGGCUGCACCGGCGUGCAGACGGCCAUCGAGGCCAACUCUCUGGGACAAAUGCCCGUCAUUAUUGCUGGCAAUGAGGCGCAGAAGAAGAAAUACCUAGGAAGGAUGACCGAGGAGCCUCUCAUGUGUGCGUACUGUGUGACUGAGCCGGGGGCUGGCUCGGAUGUCGCGGGUGUUAAGACGCGGGCUGAGAAGAAGGGCGACGAGUAUGUGGUCAACGGCCAGAAGAUGUGGAUCACCAAUGGCGGCAAGGCUAACUGGUACUUCCUCCUGGCCCGCACCGACCCGGACCCCAAAUGUCCCACCAACAAGGCUUUUACCGGGUUCAUUGUGGAAGCAGACACCCCCGGAGUCCAAGUGGGGAGAAAGGAAAUGAACAUGGGCCAGCGCUGCUCCGACACCAGAGGCAUCACCUUUGAGGACGUCAGGAUUCCAAAGGAGAAUGUCCUCCUCGGCGAGGGAGCAGGAUUCAAGAUAGCCAUGGGUGCCUUUGACAAGACCCGGCCUCCGGUGGCAGCAGGAGCCACCGGCCUGGCUCAGAGGGCCCUCCAUGAAGCCACCACCUACGCCCUGGAGAGGAAGACCUUUGGCAAACUGAUUGCUGAGCACCAGGCCAUCUCCUUCCUGCUGGCGGAAAUGGCGAUGAAGGUGGAGCUGGCCCGCAUGGCGUAUCAGCGAGCCGCCUGGGAAGUGGACCGCGGCCGCAGGAACACCUACUACGCCUCCAUCGCCAAGGCCUUUGCUGGUGACAUUGCCAACCAGGUGGCCUCGGACGCCGUGCAGAUAUUCGGAGGCAACGGCUUCAACAGCGACUACCCGGUGGAGAAACUGAUGAGGGACGCCAAGAUCUACCAGAUCUAUGAAGGCACCGCUCAGAUCCAAAGAUUGAUUAUUUCCCGGGAGCACCUGGCAAAGGCCCAGAAGUGAUGGGUGUGGUUAGGAUGACAGUCAUCAUGGCUGCACACCUUCGGCGUGUCACCCGCCUGCCUUGCCAAGUGUCACACAGCUUGGUUCAGACGUUCAGCCUCCAUUGCCUUAAGAUGUGCAGUUGAUUAAAGUGCUCGUGACACCAAAACACGCCUUGGUCUCGGAUGCUUGUUGUGUCCAAGGCUUUUCCUAGAACACUUGCAACCAAAGCGUAUUCCCAUUUCCAAAAGACACAGUUGGUUUCAAUACUGCCCCGCAGACGGAGACGAAAAUCAUGCCGAGGUGGCAGUAAGUCAAUCCAUGGGUCUUCUAUUCUCAGUAGUAGCCAACUGACUGAUUCCCAACUGAGCUGCUAGCUUGGCGGCUAAUCUGGCGCCUGUUGCAGCAUGCAGCAUGAAGUCCAAAGGAGGCCAUCUUGGAUUGCAGCGUGCGGGAAUAAUGUGGCUUUUCACUCGUAUUUAUUAGUUUCUCUGACAAAUGUCUACUUUCACUUUUUUGUGUCACGAGCACUUUAAGGAAUAAAGUACUGAAGUCUGCUUUUGGCUCAGAUGUUAUUGAUCAAAUUCUACUUGGAUAGUAUUGUACAAGUCCCGAUAGUUGCGGUGAUGGGUAAAGUUGUAUAUUCUGUUUGGCACUUGCUCGUGUAAAUGCCACUUUAUGAAAUGAAUGACAAGGUUGCUCAUGUUUUCUACAGAUGAUGUGAUAUGAUGAACGUGUGCUCAAAUAAAGCUUUCUUUGAAACAACA